AUAAGGAGACGGAGCAUUAACCGCGAGGGGCGAAGCCGCUUCAGGGGAGCGGGGAACAUGGUCACGUGGUUUUUGGGGCCAAAGUAAUGAUUGGUUGUCACUCAAGCAAAGUUUGCGCAAGUGCAAUACCUUAUUUUGCUGUAAUUUCUUUUUGGUCUACACUAUCUUUCAGUAUAAUCUGUCGUUGUUGUUCCCGUCGACUCGGUCUCUGAUCGAUGCGCUGGAACUUAAUCUUUUGUUAUGGAAAGUGGUUAAGUCCUUGGUUAAAAAGCUCUGUGUUAGAAGAGAAAAGUUUAAUAAUAUUGCUCGAUCCCGAUUUUGACGACGAGAUACUUAAUUUAAAUAAUAAAAAAUAUACAAAAUAUAGUGCACAAUGCCACAGUGCAUUGUGAAAAAUUGUAAAAAUCGCACUAUAUGGCGAAGAAUUUGUGGAGAAAGAAAAAAAGAAAAUAUAUAUAAAAAUAACAUAUCAUUUCACCGAUUCCCAAAGAAUAAAAAAGUAAAACAGCUUUGGUUAGACAUCUUGAAACUAGAAUCAGUCUCAAAUGAAGUUAGAAUUUGUUCCGCACAUUUUACCAAAAAUGAUUUUAAUUUUUCAUUUGGUAUAAAAAGACUUCGAUCAAAGGCAGUGCCAUGUAAAGAUUGUGUGGUUACGGAUGUUCCAAAUGAUGAGAUUAUUGCAUCAAGUUCUAAUACAACUAAUCAACUUUUAAAUGCUAAUCCAAUUUUUAAAAUAGAUAGAGCCACAUCUCCUAUUUCUGAAUGCAGUUACUUUGUGGGUCAGUCGACAAGUAUGUCAUCAAAAAGAACAGAUUACUCUUUUAAGGAAGAAUAUUUCAACCAAAAGCUGCAGGAUAUAAAAAAUGGUUAUGUAAAAAAGAUAAAAGUGUUGCAACAGAAGAUUCGACGAAAAGAUUCAAAAAAUAUCUCUUUGAAGACAAUUUUGAACUCACUCAGGAAAAACAACAUGCUGAGGACUGAAGAAUUGCAGAUACUACAAGAUAUUGGUGGGCCAAAUUCUAAAAUAAUACAAAGACAAUUGCAAAAAAGUAGAGGAAAAUCUGUAAACAAACAAUUUGAUAAUUGACUCAAAUCAUUUGCUCUAACCUUACAUUCUUAUUCACCAAAAGCUUAUGAAUGUACGUCAAGAAUUUAAUAAUUGCUUACCACACUGUAAAACAAUCUCUANGUGGUAUCAAAGUAUUGAAGGAAAGCCUGGCAUUAUAUUAGACGCUUUAAAUGCUAUCAAACAACGAGCAAAUAGUGUCAAUUAUCAAUGGUUUGGAUCAUUAUUGUUAAGUCAUAUGUCUGAACAAAGUGCGUUUUGAAAAUCAUGUUGUUUAUUUAAUACGUUCAAUAUCUAGUAGAUAUAUUA